AGCUUUGUCUCCGUGGCCCUGCGCCCCGGCCUCCCUUGUCCAGCCUCUCCUCUCUGACCUUCUCUUCGUGCGCUGCUGCCCGUCUGCGACCAAUCGCAACGGGCGCGGCGUUCUCUUGUCACUUCUCUGAUACCUCUUCUUCCUCGUUACUCGUCGCGCCCUUUCCCCGUCGUCUUGUCUCUCUCUUAUUUGUCCCCUCUCUGACCGCGCCGUCAUGGCAAACAGCUACUCCGCCCGCUUGCCUGCCGAGCGUGAUUCGACUCCCGCCAUCGCAUUCUCCAGGCGAGAUUGCGCGUUCGAGAGAGCAAGUCGCACGCGUCUUGUGUCCAUGGUCGCUUGACCGCGCGCCUUGCCGACGACCUGACCACGCCUAGCUUUAGCCCCGUGACCCUAGACACGCAUCACGGCUCAAGACUGUCCAGCCGCACGUAUUUGCGACAAUGGAUUCAUACACUAGCACCCGCGAAGAUUCUAGGCCGCCCGCCGACACCUACAGACGCCGCUCACCGGGCGCUGGAGACCGCCGAACUAGCAGGCGGCGAUCGCGUUCACCCCAGAAUAUCGACCGCUACCAGCCCGACCGAGCCCGUGAUUACGAUGGACCCCGUCGUGAUGGCACCAGGCGCCGCUCUUCUCCCCCGCCAAUACAGGCUGGAAUCGACCGAUACGUGCCUGGCCAGGACAAUUUUGCGCCAACCUUUACGACGAACCCAGUUCCAAACCCGAUGCACCUCGAGUACCAGGUGGGCUUCAACUAUUUUGCCGAGUGGUGGCGCGUGGAGCAACUCAUGAAGGAAGAGAAGGAGCGCGCCAAGAACGGCGGUCGCAAACCCGGUCUCAAAGGCGAGCGUGAAGCCCGCGAGGAACGCGGCAAGGAGCGCGAACAGAUCCAGGCUGCAUACGACGAGUACAAGGAAAAGCUGCAGGUGCAAAUGGCCAAGACGUUCGUAGACAAGCACAAGAAUGAAGAGUGGUUCAAGGAGCGAUAUGACCCAGACUACGACUUGGCCUUCAAGGAGAAGCUCCGUCAGUACCGCCAUGGCAUCUACGAGGAGUGGGAGCGUCAGAUUGACGAAGGUUACUUUGACGAGUUCACGCUCGAGGGCAUCUACAAGAACGACUCGAACGGAGCUGGCGGCAUUGUCGAGAAGGAAGAGGGAGAAACGACUGCUGCCAACGAAGUCUUGGGUGUAGGUGAUCUUCUGCCUUGCAAGGGUGGCGAGAUUCGCGAUGAGACUGCGUUCCAGCCGACACUACUCAUCAAGACGAUUGCGCCGACUGUCAAUCGCGAAAAGGUUGAAGAGUUCUGCAAAGAGCACUUGGGAGAAGGCCCUGGCGGCUUCAAGUGGCUGAGCAUGAGCGACCCGAAUCCCCUCAAAAAGUGCCACCGCAUUGGCUGGGUGAUUCUGAACCCAAGCGACGAGCAGCCAAUGAUUAUUGACGAUCGUGGCGAUGGACGUGACGUUGACGGCGAAGAAGGCGUCAUGGAAGAGAAGCCCGAUGUUCAUGUGACGCCUCAGAGUACUGCGCACAAGGCUCUCGAAGCGCUCAACGGAAAGACGGUCAACGAUGAGGUACGCGGCAACUUUACGUGCCACGUGGGCAUCCACGAGCCGCCUGCUGCUCCACGCAAGAAGGCGCUCUGGGACCUCUUCUCUGCGCCCGAGAGAAUCGAGCGUGAUCUUGAGCUUGCCGAACGACUUGUCCACAAGCUCGAUUCGGAGCUCAAGGCCGGCCACGAAGACGACUUCUCAAACGUCGACGGCGUCAGCAAGAUUGAGCAGCGGGUCGAGGAUCUGCGUGUCAAAGGCUGGCUCCAGCCGCCAGCGAACGCGCCGGCGCCUAUCAAGAAGGAGCGAGACACGGAUGACCUGGAAGAGGGUGAAGAUGAAACCAUGGAAGAUGAGGAGGGCGCCUUUGACGACGAAGUGGAUGAUGAAGAUUUGCUGGUGAAGAAGAAGAAGCUCGACCUCCUGAUUGAAUAUCUGCGACGGGUGUACAAUUUCUGCUUCUUCUGCGUUUUCGAGAGCGACUCUGUGCAUGAGUUGAUUCGCAAGUGCGCAGGAGGACAUCUCCGCCGACCGCGUGCCAGCCUUACGACAGCUGCCAAGGCGACGGCACGAGCUACAGCAUCUGGAGAGCCGUUCCCUUACCGAAAGCAAGAGUCUUCGGCCGAGGCUGAAAACGGAGAAAAUGGAAGUCCAGUUCAAGAGCGGAAACCAAUGCGGCUGAGCACGAAGAACCAGCAGCAGCUUCAGCGAGCCUUCAACUGGGUCAAGACGUACGAGGAAAAGCUCCUGCAGCUGCUGGAGCCUGAGAACGUGGACAUCCGGAAGCUGGGCGGCAAGCCGCUAGACGAAGCGCUGGAAGACGAGCUUGCUCGAUACGUCAAGCAAGAAGACGAGUCCAAAUGGCGUUGCAAGGUGCCCGAGUGCACCAAGCUCUUCAAGGGCGAGCAUUUUUGGCGCAAGCAUAUUGAGAAGCGCCACCCCGAGUGGCUGGAGCAGCUGCAGAAAGAUCUGCGUCUUGUCAACAGCUACGUACUUGACCCUGCGCACAUUGCACCGUCGCGCAGUGAUGCCAAUAGCAACGGGCACUUCCCCAUGGGCAACCAUGUGCAGGCGACGGGAACACCGCGCGGCUUCAACCUGGCCAACAUGAGCAUGGCCAUGGUAGGAAACGGCAUGCAGAACGGGGUGCACAUGGGCGGCAUGUUCAACCCUGCCAUGGGCGGGACGUGGGACCCGGCGGGUGCUCACGAUGAUCGGGCUGGGCCGAUGCGACGGGGUGGACAUCGCUUCAACAACCGGGCUGGGCCUUAUGACCGACAGGCGCGAGAUGGGCGCAGUCGGCCCAGUGUCAAUGGCGGACGUCUUACUCCGCCGCGUGGAGGUCGCCAGGGGCCGCAGCGGUACGGUGAGGGAGGGCCAGGACCUGUGCAGUCUGUGCAAGGUCGGUCUAUCAAGAGCUACGAGGAUCUGGAUGCGGUGGGCGGGGGUGGGGGCGGUGAGCUCAACUACUGAGAGAGGGUGCAAAUAAGGGGUCGGGGGGGUUUUGGCCGACAUGGGCCAAGAUGGCAGCAGGGUUGGCGUUGUUGGAA